AAAAUGCUAUUCUUUCAAGCGAUUUAAUACAAGCUAUUUAUGAUUCUUUACUUUCAAUACCUGAAAUUGAUGAAAAUUUAGAGGGUGAUACUGGAUUCUUCUUUGAGUAUUGUGUUAAUUUUACAGAACUCUUAAAUUUUCAGGAAGGCAAUUUAUCUGAUGAAUCUGCUAUUGCAAAUAAGCUUAUUGGAUAUGUUCAAGCAGAUUCUGGUAAAAAAUCACGAAAAUAUUUAGAAAAAGACAAACAACGUGAUACAAUACCAAGACUUAGUCGAUAUGAUUGUAAUGGAAAUGUUUCAAUUAAAAUUGAUUAUGAAAACAAUUUUGCAAUUAUUACAAUGAAUCACCAACUUUUACAUACGUGA